GGCGGGGCCCGGGGGGGUGGAGCUUCUGCUGGGCCUGGACCCCGCCCACGCGCCCAUCGAUUACAUCACCGUCGAUGACGUCACCGAUUACGUCACCGAUUACGUCACCGCCACCCCCGGCGCUGAAACCUGGACCAGUAACACCAGUAACACCAGUAACACCAGUGAGAACUGUGGCACCAAGGGCACCAACGGCACCAGGAACACCAGUAACACCAGUGCCACCAGUAAGAACUGCGGCGCUAAGGACACCAGUGCCACCAGUGAAACCAGUAAGACCAGUGCCACCAAGGACACCAAGGACACCAGUGCCACCAGCAUGACCAACUCGGAGGACCCCAGCUGGACCAGUUUGACCAGUAAGAGCAGCGCCACCAGUGCCACCAGUAUGACCAGUGACUCCAGUGCCAGCAGUGCCCUGAGUCCCAGUGAUGGUUCCGGUGUCCCCAGUGCCACCGGUGCCACCAGUCUGCCCAGUUCCACUGGUGAUUCUGGUGUCCCCAGUGCCACCAGUUUGCCCAGUUCCCCCAAGGACUCCGCUGCUCCCCGUGCCUGUGAUGCCACCAGUGCCACCAGUGCCACCAGUCUGACCAGUGCCACUGGUGAUUCCAGUGUCCCCAGUGUCCCCAGUGCCACCAGUGCCCUGCUGGUCACCGAGGCCGUGUCCGAGCCAGCCCUGGGUGUCACAUCCCCUGUCCCCAUGUCCAACUCUGUCCCCGUGUCCCCUGUCCCCGUGUCCCCUGUCCCCCCUGUCCCCGUGGGUGACCCGGCGCUGGGUGUCCCGUUCCGUGUCCGUGUCCCCGCGCGUGUCCCGUGGCCGGGUCCCGAGGCGGCGGCGGCGCGGGCGGCCGGGCUGUGGCCGUGCUGCUGGAUGCGGGGACAAGGGGACAGCGGGGACAGCGGGGACAGCGCCGGGGACAGCGGGGACAGCGCCGGGGACAGCGGGGACAGCACGGGGGACAGCGGGCACCCGCUGCGGCACGCCGCCAUGGACUGCAUCGCCCGCGUGGCACGGGCGCGGCGCGGGGACAGCGGGGACAUGGGGACAGAGCGGUGUCACCCUGGGGACACCAGGACAGCACCGUGUCACCCUGGGGACACGGGGACAGCGCGGUGUCACCCUCGGGACAGCAGGACACCACAGUGUCACCCUGGGGACAGCAGGACAGCACCGUGUCACCCUGGGGAGAGUGGGGACACGGGGACAGCGCCGUGUCACCCCAGGGACAGCAGGGAUAUGGCACGGUGUCACCCUGGGGACAGCAGGGACACGGGGACAGCGCCGUGUCACCCUGGGCAAAGUGACAGCGGGGACACGGGGACAGAGCGGUGUCACCCUGGGGACACCAGGACAGCGCCGUGUCACCCCAGGGACAGCAGGGACAGGGACAGCAUGGGGACAGCGCCGUGUCACCCUGGGGACAGCAGGACACCACAGUGUCACCCUGGGGACAUGGGGACAGCGCGGUGUCACCAAGAAACAAGGGACAGCAUGGGGACAACGCGGUCUGGUCACAAAGGGCCAGGGGACACUGGGGACAGGGACAGUGAGGUCACGGGGACAGCGCGGUGUCACCGAGGGCACGGUGGCGUUGUCACCGGGCGCAGUGACGUCGCGGGGAGGGCGCGGCGCAGGGGACACCCCGGGGACAGCGGUGACACGGGAGGGGACGGCGGCAGCGGGGCCAAGGUGGCCAGGCUGGGGGGCGGUGACGUCAUCACCAACCACGGUGACGUCACCGUGGGUGACACCAACCCCAGGGACGUCCCCACGGCCACCAACCGAAGCGGUGACAUCCCGGGGGUGGCCGAGGGCCCCGGGGCCACCCCUGGUGACAGCAAUGACGUCAUCGCCAACCCCCGCAUCGCUGACGUCACCAUGGACUCUGAUGCCACCUGCGAUGUCCCCAUGGACCUGGCGGGUCACGUGACCCCAGGAGCGACCCAGGACCCCGGUGCCACCCCAGGUGACGCCGAUGACGUCAUCACAGCCACCAUCCCCAUGGAUCUGACGGGUCACGUGACCCCAGGAGCGACAAAGAUCCCAGGUGACACCGAUGACGUCACCACGGCCACCAUCCCCAUGGACCUGACGGGUCAUGUGACCCCAGGAGUGACCAAGGACCCCGGUGCCACCUCUGGUGCCACCUUUGAUGCCACCCGUGGUGACAGCGAUGACGUCACCGUCCCUGCCGUCCCCCCGGGUUUCCUGUCCCCGGCUGGCGUCCCCAGGGACCUGACGGGUCUCGUCAUCCCGGGGGCGGCCGAGGGCCCCGGUGCCACCCCUGCGGGUGACACGGGUGACGUCACGGGUGACGUCACGGGCGACGUCACGGGCGGGUACCUGCUGUCGGGCUGCGACGUGUUCGUGACGCGCGAGCCGUGCGCGCUCUGCGCCAUGGCGCUGCUGCACGCGCGCGUGCGACGCGUGUUCUACGCGCGGCCGUGUCCCCAAGGGGCGCUGGGCACGCGCUGGGGGCUGCACGGGCACCCCAGACUCAACCACAGGUACCGGGUGUGGCUGCUCCCCUUAACUGGGCAAACUGGGAGCACUGGGAGUGAUGGGAACACUGAGAGUCAGUGACUGGGGACACUGGGAAUGGUGACAGGGACACUGGUGUGACACUGGUGUGACACUGGUGUGACACUGGGCACGCGCUGGGGGCUGCACGGGCACCCCCGGCUCAACCACCGCUACCGGGCGUGGGUGCUCCCCUUAACUGGGCAAACUGGGAGCACUGGGAGUGAUGGGAACGAUGGGAAUCGGUGACUAAAAUCGACAAUUAAAAUUAUUUUUU